AUGCAAUGGGGCUGGGACACGUUGAUCAAACACAAGACUCCUACACUUGUUUACUCGUACUUGUUCGUCUCCUACUUGGCGUUCGGCGCCGGCAUCCGCACACAGCUCGUGAUAUGGCUGGCAUCCAACCAGGACCAGGCGAGCUACCGCGCCGGCGAGGCCAAGGGACACACCCAGGAGAAGGCUGGGCAGGUGAUGGGCGCGGCCAAGGACAAGGCGUACGAGGCCAAGGACCAGGCGGCUGGCCUGGCGGGGCACGCGUCCGGGCAGGGGCAAGGCGCUACGGAGGCCACCAAGCACAAGGCCGGCGAGGCCACGGACAAGGCGUCCCAGACGGCACAGGCGGCCAAGGACAAGGCUGCCGGGACGGCGCAGACAGCCAAGGACAAGGCCUCCGAGACCGCGCAGGCCGCCAAGGACCGCACCGUGGAGAGCAAGGACCAGACCGUACUGUGCGAUGGCGCAUUGACGGACCGUACCUGGAGGUAG